GACCACACAGUUCCUGUGAUAACAGCUCUGCCACUCCCCUGCCCCCUGGGAGUAAUAAGUCCUAAGACCCAAAGAUAAAGCUUGCAGCAGCUGUGGGCAGCCCCUCUGAGAGGAUGCGUCUUCUCGUUCUCCAUCUGCUGCUCUUCCUCCUGGGCUCUACCGCUAAAGCUGGGGAGAUCAUCGGGGGCACGGAGUGCAAACCACACGCCCGCCCCUACAUGGCCUAUCUGGACAUUGUCACUCCUGACCAUCACCUGUCGGCUUGCAGCGGCUUCCUCAUAAGACGAAAUUUUGUACUGACCGCUGCACACUGUGCCGGAAGGUCUAUCACAGUCCUCCUAGGAGCCCACAACAGAAAAGUCAAAGAAGACACAUGGCAGAUGCUUGAGGUUGAAAAGCAAUUCCCUCAUCCAAAAUACGAUGGCCAUUUGGUUCUCAACGACAUCAUGUUACUGAAGCUGAAGGAGAAAGCCAACCUAACCCUAGGCGUGGGCACCCUCCCCUUCUCAGCCAAAUCAAACUUCAUCCCACCUGGGAGGGUGUGCCGGGCAGUCGGCUGGGGCCAAACAAACGUGAAUGAACCAGCCUCCGACACACUGCAAGAGGUGAAGAUGAGUGUCUUGGAUCCCCAAGCCUGCUGUCACUUUGAGAGUUUUCACCAUGAACCCCAGAUGUGUAUGGGCAAUCCUAAGAAGAUGCGAAAUGUAUACAAGGGAGACUCUGGAGGGCCCCUCCUGUGUGCUGGGAUAGCCCAAGGCAUCGCGUCCUAUGUACAUCAGAAUGCAAAGCCCCCGGCUGUCUUCACCAGACUCUCCCAUUACAGACCCUGGAUCAAUAAGAUCUUGAGAGAGAAUUGACUGUGGAGCUUGGGCGAGCCUGUGAGGAACUCUGGAACUGGAAUUGAGCAGGUUUUCUGUGCCAUGUGCCCUGGCCUGUCUAGCUUCCUGCUGAAAUCCUGCCAGCUCCCUGGUAUCCCUAAAGGUUCUUCCAUGUCUCCGAAGGUUCCUAAAGGGCAAUGAACCUCAAUAAAGACCCAGAUUCUAGACUGCA